UGGAAAAAAUUACUAGGAAUUCAUUUGAAUUCAUUUGAAGUAAAGAAAAUUUGUAUACAUGUAUUUAAAACUUAAAAUGAAUCUAAGAAUAGAACUAGCAUGUUUGAUAAUCUUUGGAUGUUUAGUUACGACUAUGGCAUCUGAACAAUUAGGGCUUACGACAGGGAACAGUAAGAAUGUGUCAGAAACUCAUUUUUCAAAGGAUAAAUUAUUAAGCGAAGCCCUCGAUCAACUUUAUAAAGAAACAAUGAUAAGACUUGAAAUUGAGAAAAGACUGCGAAUUUUGACGGAGGAAGUUUCAAAUCUAAAGGAUGGAUAUGAAAAACUAUGUGAAACAAUGCCAACAGAGAGAGAAAAUACAACGAAAGGGAAUCUAAAUUCUGCUGUUGGAUUUAGUGCCAUCCUUACAAAAGACACCAAUUUAGGAGACAGCCAAAUUGUCAAAUACGACAAUGUCAUUACCAAUUAUGGAGACGGAUAUGAUAAGUGGACUGGAAUCUUCACGGCUCCUAUGGAAGGACUUUAUGUAUUCUCAUGUACAAUAAUGGCGUACGAUAAAAAUUCAAUACAUAUACAAAUAGUACAAGGUGGACGGGUCAUAUCAACAAUACACUCCGAUAGUACGCCUUGGAACCAAGCUUCUGAAACUGUCGUACUAGUUUUAAAAAGGGGCGAUAACGUGUGGACAAGACAGACAGGACAUGGGCAUCGCAUCCAUGGGGAUUAUAACUUAUUUUCGGGUUUUCUUAUUUCCACACAGAUAUAAAAAUUGCGUUCAUGAAUAGUCAGGAUUUAUUGUUGAAAAACUGCAUAAAUUUGUUUUCAACUUACACUGGAUAUAUUCAAUACUAGAACUCCUUUUCUAAUAUUAUUGUUCCUAACAUAUAAAUACCUAUCAUAUUUUUUAAUUAUCCGCAUUUAUAUCUAGUAACAGGAGGCGAUAUUAAAAGCAGCAAUUAAAGUUUUAAUUAAUAUUAACUUUAGUAUAUAUAUCAUAUAUGUAUAAUACAUUUUGUUAUUUUAGAGGAUGCACUUUACGUUUCCUAAUUUUAUGAAUCAACAUCUGUGAUAUGCUUAUUCGUUAGUCUUGGAAAAUGACCAGGCUAUUUUUGAAAGGAACUGAGCCACGUGGUUAUAUCAACAGUAUACUCCGAUGAAUCGCCUUGGAACCAAGUUUCUAAAACUGUCGUACUGGCUUUAAAAAGUGGCGAAAGUGUGUUUACAAGACAGAUAGGACAUGGGCGUAUUGACAAUGUUGUAUCUUGAUACGAAUAAGCCAACCAUGCGUUGCAGAAAACGAUAGAAUUCGUCAUGCACUUUACCAAUCCCAUGCCUUAAUCCUGUUUACCGUCCUUUUCAUAUUAUUCUAUCAUGUUUAUUGUGUAUUAUAAUCUAAAUUUUGUUGUAGUAUUCUUUUUCUUUGACAAAAGAAACAUUUUUUCAUCCUCCAUAACUUUUAAUCAGCAUUACUUCAACAGAAGAUGAUGUAUUUUUUAUACAACGCAAGCCUCUUAUCCCCUCGCAUCGAAGUUGGAAGGGAAUUUAGUAACGCGCUUGUUGUUUGUGUGUGUGGGUGAGUGGGUAAGUGAGUGUGUGCUUAUAAUUAACGGAAUUACGCAAGUAAUGCAUGUAAUUGAUAUCGGUGCGGUGCCCUUGUUACCUUUACCGUGGAGUGAAAGUAAGAAUAAAGUGAUAGGAAUAACCUUAGAGAUCCACAAAAAUAAUCUUAAAAAAAAAAUACUACCUCUGUGUAAAGGCUCAGUUGUUCUAUAAAUCAGUGUUUAUGAAAAAAAUAUUAUUACAUAUAAUGCGAAGGUACUUUUUUAGUAUUUGAGUAUCAGCAAAAAAAUAUGUGGCUUACAUUUUGCGAGCUUUAAGCUUAAUGCCAUUUAAAGAUUUCAGAAGAUAAUAUGUAACCAAUCCCCUGUCCCCUCCCCCCCCCCCCAUUUAAUCGCGAGCUGCGGUUUUUAUGCAUCGCAUUACAAAAACUAUUUUUAUGUGAUAUCUUCCUUGAAUUAAAAAGAAAAUGCGA